GAUAAGGGGGUGGGGAGGGGGCGUCUUGGCACACGUGCGGUGCGGGUCCAGCAAUGGCUGUGUUGAACUGUUUAGACCUCUGCUUUUGAGAGCCGCGGAACAGCUUGGUGUGCAGCCCACUGCCCCCAACUGCGCCCCUGCUGCGGCCCUGGGGCGCUUCGGGGUGUUUUUUGGUUUGGUUUGGUUGUAGUGGUGUAGGGUUUUUUGGGGUUUGUUUUGGUUUUUCUUCCUGAGGGCUGGAACCAUGGCAAAGGUCCCCGACCGAAGCAGGCACAAAUGGAGUGCACUUCACACUUUCCUCCGCUGCAACAUGAACCCGGAGACCCAACGGGUAGUGGUCUUUGUCAUCCUGCUCUUCCUCAUCAUUGUCAACGUGGUGCUGAUGUUUCUUUUGGCAUUUCACUGAAGGAGGACUGCCGGUAGUGGUGUGGUGCAUGGGGGUUUCCAGGACUGGGCAACAAAUCAGCAGCUCAUCAGUGAUGGCAGCGUGGUGUACGCAGAAGCCCUCUGGGACCACGUCACGAUGGAUGACCAAGAGCUGGGAUUCAAGGCUGGCGAUGUCAUUGAAGUAAUGGAUGCUACCAACAAGGAGUGGUGGUGGGGACGGAUUCUGGACAGCGAAGGCUGGUUUCCAGCCAGCUUCGUACGGCUGCGAGUAAACCAGGAUGAACCCAUGGAAGAUUAUCCGCUGAAGGUUGAGGGAGGCAAAGAGGACGACUCGAGCAGUGGCACCCGCCGCUUCGGGAUGGGGCAGACCACCAAAGACCAAAUGAGGACCAACGUCAUCAAUGAGAUCAUAAGCACAGAGAGAGACUACAUCAAGCAUCUGAAGGACAUUUGUGAGGGUUACAUUAAGCAGUGCCGUAAAAGAGCAGACAUGUUUACGGAAGAACAGCUGAAGACAAUCUUUGGGAAUAUUGAGGACAUCUACAAGUGCCAGAAGAAAUUUGUUAAAGCACUAGAGAAGAAAUUCAACAAAGACCACCCACAUUUGAGUGAGGUUGGCUCGUGCUUCUUGGAAUAUCAAACGGAGUUUCAGAUCUACUCGGAGUACUGCAACAACCACCCCAACGCCUGCACGGAGCUGUCGCGCCUCGCCAAGGUCAACAAGUACGUCUACUUCUUCGAGGCCUGCCGCCUGCUGCAGAAGAUGAUCGACAUCUCUCUGGAUGGCUUUCUGCUGACUCCCGUGCAGAAGAUCUGCAAAUACCCUCUGCAGCUGGCGGAGCUGCUCAAAUACACCAACCCCCAACACAGGGAUUUUAAAGAUGUAGAAGCUGCCUUAAAUGCCAUGAAGAACGUUGCUCGGCUCAUCAACGAGAGAAAGCGGCGGCUGGAGAACAUUGACAAAAUUGCUCAGUGGCAGAGUUCCAUAGAAGACUGGGAGGGUGAAGAUGUCCUAGUCCGAAGUUCAGAACUUAUCUAUUCUGGGGAAUUAACCAAAAUCUCCCACCCUCAAGCCAAGAGCCAACAGAGGAUGUUCUUCCUCUUUGAUCACCAGCUUGUCUACUGCAAGAAGGACCUCCUGCGCCGGGACAUCUUGUACUAUAAGAGCCGCAUCAACAUGGAUGACAUGGAAAUAGUGGACGUGGAAGAUGGGAAGGACAAGGACUUCAACAUCAGUGUCAAAAACGCGUUUAAGCUGCACUGCCGAGACACUGAGGAAGUCCACUUGUUCUGUGCAAAAAAGCCUGAGCACAAACAGCGCUGGCUGAAGGCGUUUGAGAAUGAAAGGAGACAGGUUCAGCUCGACCAGGAGACAGGUUUUUCAAUCACAGAGGUGCAGAAAAAGCAGGCAAUGCUGAAUGCCAGCAAGCAGCAGCAGACUGGGAAGCCUAAGGCUGUCACCAGGCCAUACUAUGACUUUCUGAUGCGUCAGAAACAUCCCACCCUGCCUACUACACUCCCUCAGCAGCAAGUCUUCAUGCUGGCAGAGCCCAAGCGCAAGCCCUCGAACUUCUGGCAGAACAUCAGCAGGCUGACACCCUUCCGCAAAUAAGGGCAGCCCCGUGUUUGUGCCUGAACCACUUCUGAGAAAGCACUUUACCCUCAGUCCUGGGAGGUGGAGCCCAGGUUGUUCCUCUCCUUUGUUUAUGGAGGAUGGCACAUAUGCUCCUGCCUUCUCUAUUUAUUUUGCAGCCCAACAGACCGCACUGGCUCCAAGGUGAGACCCUGUGUGUGCGCUUGCACCUGUGUGCAUUUGUGCCAGUCCUGCCAAGCCAGCCCCGCACAGCGCCCAAGAGGCAAACUUCCAGGAGGAGAUCACAGCAGGGAGCCUGACACGUUUCCUCUGAAAAGAUUUUGCUUGUCAGCUGUACUUGGACUCACUCCUUCCUGCUGUGAACACUACUGCUGUCUGGCAGCUGCUGGAGAGAGGAUGGCAGCUGAUACACCUGCCAGCUCCCUGCCCACUGACAUGCUCUGAUGGGCAGCUCCAAGUCACUGACAUGAUCCAUUUUCCAUGGAGGGAGAAAGCCUUCUUGCUCUCUGCCCACCCCCACUCCCUCAUUUCUCAGAGAUGUGAUCCUCCCACACAUGUCUAACUCAUUCAGUUAGCCUUUGCAGGCACUCAGAUGAGACAACAGUGAGUACUGCACUGUGACCUUUUCCUUUAGCCCAACACCACCAUGGACUUUAGGACAUUCAACUGUGCCAAUCAACCUGCAGCAUGAGUAAAGUUCAAGAAUCUCUAGUGGGUUUGAAUAACAUUCAGUUAGAGAAAAAUGUGCCUAAUUAAUACUGUUCUCAAUUCCUUAGAUUCUCCUUUGUCCAUCAUUCUGCCAUAUUUCCUGGCCAAUGAAAAUGCUCAUUGUUUGUAAUGUGUUUAUUUAUGGUAAAAACCAGAACUGUGUAUUUUGUAAGUCUGUAACUGUUCCUGUCAGAUGUUGUUAACUUGAUGCCUGUUUUGUCUGUUCUUUUUUUUCUUUCUUUUUUCCUUUUCCUUUUUUUUUUUUAAAGAAAAAAAAGAAAGGUCAAUAUUUGCAAACCUAGCUCCCAGAAGUCACAGUCUACAGUUCAAAUCUGGAAGACUAAAACCAAGAUAGUUAUGCAAAUUCCCAGACUCCCAAUUCCAGGGGAAUUACUACAGGUUUUUCCACAUCUUUAAAAAAAGGCAAAGCCACUUUAAAAAGGCCUAAAAUCUGCAUUAAAAGCCUCACUGUAAGUACCCAAGUUUCAAACUGUGGCCAAAAAGAAAUUUAAACCUUGGUUAGCAAAAGGAGAGAUUUGCCUUACCACAGCGAGCAUUAGAAGCCAUACUGACUGAAUUCCCUAGCUUAAGAGGCAUCCUAUGACACUGGAAGGAAGACAUCUGCUCCCUCCAGCAUGAUGCUAGUGUGAGUGAGUGCUGCCUGCAGAGCUCACAAGUCCAGUGUUUGUUGAUGCUGUAGGUGACCAAAGUCUGGUCGUCCAAGGAUACCUGAAUUCAGUAGCACGUACAAAGUCCUUCUUGCACUAUGUCUCCCCAUCAAGACCAGGGGCAACGUUUUAUUUCAUAAAGAAACUUGUAAAAGUGACUCUGAGCCUGUGUUUGUCUCUGACAUGUCUGUGUGAACUUGUUUCUCUUCACCACAGAGAUUCUGCUCUUGCAGCUUAAGACGUGGCCACUGAUCAGUAGAAGCCAUGCUAGAAAGUUACCCUCAAAGCUGCCAUCCCUUGGAUGAAGGACUGAUGAAGUAGGCUGCUGGUCACUUGGAAUACUCAUCCAGGUUAGCAAGUCACCAGCUCCCAAACUCAUGCUACCUAAAUGGAAAAAACAUGUCUGGGAACAUGUAGGUGCAGGGCAUGCUCAACCCUGCUUUGGACAACACGGAACUAAAGAAAGAGGAAGGGCAAGUGCCGGGAAGUCAGGCAUCUGAAAGACAACACAGCUUCUCCUCCUGGUACCUGACCUCCUCUCUGGGCAAACACACCACUCCAGGCACUGCUCCUAGGCAAAACUAGAUGUGACAUCACUACUUACUGCUGUGCUAGAAAACAGUGCCCAAAAGCUGGGAAAACCACUACCAGAACUUCCCCCUCACACAAGAAAAGUUGUUUGCCCAAGGAAAGUUUAACUUGCCCUCCUGCCUAGGCAGGCUCCCCCAAUCAGAGGAAAAUGGGGCUUAUCAAACUGGAAAGAGAGCCUUGAGAUGCUGUUUAGACCUGAACCAGCAAAACCAGCUAGAGAUCUGGUCUGCCAUUUGUCAAAAAUGCCUCUCUCAUGCCAUGGCAGCAGUUGGGAAAACAAGGCAGUAGGACACUGCCAGAAUGGCCUUCAAACACUGCACAAACAGGUGUGGGCCACUACGAUGGGAUGAGGGGAAAGGAAGCACCAAGACAAAAAAUAAUUAUCACCCUAUUUGCACAGUACAUCUGCUUGAUCAAGGCCACAGUGCUCAGCACUGCCCAUCCUCGCCCUCUUCUGCCCCACACACACCACAAGACCUCAUUAAGCUCCCCUCAUGGGACAGAGCACAGUGGAGACCUAAGCUUUAGCAGCCAAUAUGAUGAUCUUUUGCCAGGUGGGGCUCCCAAAGUGAAGAAGACCGUUUGUCCUCUACCCCCAAACCCCACUGACACUGUAAGAGGUCAAUGAGCUCAGCCUGCACUACUUUUUGCCAAGCACCAAAAUUAACAGCAGCACCACCCCCACCCCAGACCCAUGCUGUGGAUGGAUGCCAUGAACAUUACAUGAUUUGGACACCUCCCCCCCAACUCCCACCUAAAUGCUGAUGAAAGCUGUCCAGAGUACACCUCUGCUAAGUCCUGUAGGCUGCAGACACAGUAUGCACCUGACCAUGGAGGGGAGCUCUGCUAACCCAAACACACCAACUCAUGCUCCUCAAUGCAGGGAGCUUUACCUGCAGCCUCCUGGACCCACAGCUAUGUCACCACGAUGCCCCUUUGCCACAGGCAACCACCCCUCCAACACACUCCCCUUCCAGGGCAACCACCCAGAGCUUGCUGUGACCCAGGAAAUGCUGCGGCACUCAUGCUGAGCAGAACAACACCCCCGGGGGAUUGUCACAGCACCUAUAGGCUUGAAGUACCUUCACUGCCAUUGGCCACAGCCAGCAUAGUGUCAGCAAACCCCAUCCUCAGUAAUGUGUGACAAUUGUCACUUUUGUGUUUACCCUAAGUGUCUGCAACCCUCUUUCCCUACCCAUGGUGUGUUUGUUUUGAUUGGCCAGGAAGAAAAUCUGUUGGCAUGGAAAUGACCAGUUCCAUGAGCUGAUCAGCUUUGUAGUGAGUGACGAAUGCGGGAUUGGAUCGGCAAACAUAGGCUGGAAGGGACCAUGGGACAGCCCUCCCCCCUGCCACCCCACAUGCUUGUGUCUUCAGAACAAGACCAACAGUGUAGCUGCAUCAGGUUACUCACAGGAUCGUCCAGUUGCUGUCUGAGUGUGCUCAGGGAUGGAGAUGCCCCCCAAAACUUCUCUGGGUCUCUGUUCAAUACCUCACUGUCUGCAGUAUGGAAAAAAAAAUUCUUACAUCUAUUCAGUGUUUCCCUUGCUGCAACUUCUGAUACUUUAACUUUGUAUGUUGCUUUACACACUCAGCUUUCCAUCUACACUGAAGUAAUGCCAGUACAAAUCCUGACUUGUUCUCCAAUGAGCUGGAGAACAUCAGCUCUGAAGGGCAACAACAGAUGUCCCUUCUCUCCUCAUCCUAAAACGCACAUAAGCAUUGGCUGCUACUAAUUAUCUGUAUAGCAAUACUCUGAACAGCAAACGUGCACCAAGUUGUUCAAAUGCUCAAGCUGUUUACUGCCUCUUCCAGAUGUCCCUUAUCUGAUGAGCGCACACUUACAGAGAUACUUUUUAUCACAAUCUUUCCAAGUAAGUGCCAAACCAGCCCUCUCUGGCCCAAUGCUGCACCAGCUGAUGCAAAAGGUAUUUGUUUCCAGUGCAGAGAAAUACAUUCUCUACCUAACUGCCUAUCGGUAGUACUCUUCCUAAAAAGUGUCUUCAGUUUGGAUUCUAGUCUUGCAAGAAACACUUGGAGCUAGGGACUCAAUUCCCUCUGCAAGGCUGAAAUCAAGUAUAACAUCUCAUCAUCUGAAAGAGGCAGAAACCUGCUGACAGUCAGUGGAGUUACAGCAGUGACACUGACCAGGUAAGGCCCAAACUCUGCUCAACAUACCUACCCUGGUGCCAGCACGGUGAUAGAGACUUCUAAAUCUGAGGAGGAUAUCAUCAAGAAAUGCCAUACUUUACUUCCUACUCUGCACCACCUCCUGCUUCUCCAACCACAAAUCCUGUUACUUAUUUCCUGAACAAAUUGUUGUGGAUCAUGUGCAGCCUCCAUUGGUUUUGAAUGAUUAGACACCUAGAGGUCAUCUCCUGUUACUGACUAGAUGGGUGAGAAGCACAUGUGCUACACAGUGGUAAUCAACAGUUAAAGUCCUCCUUCACCUUGGUCUCUGGAUUUUCUGUGGAGCUACCCACACUUUACUGCCAGUUAAAAGCACCAGUGAGAAACCUGUGCAGGACAGAAGGCAACUGUGUACACAUUAGAUGAUGACCUUGUGAAUCUAUGUAUACUGACACCAAAGGGAUUUUCUGGCAUGUGAACAGGUCAAGUACAGCUGCUGUCAAGCAUUCUGAGCUUAACAGGCAACACAACCAUAGCAGGUUCACAGGAAGAGUCCACCUGAAGCAUGAGAGAGCAAAGCAGCAAGACUUCUGAACCCCCUCCUCUGGAGAUGAUGCUACUUCAUGGGCAGAAAUGCAGAUUUUCAUGCACAGUAAACUGAAGCUCCAGACAUGAGUCUGAAGAGGACAGAUCAUUCCAGAUUUCAGGGUAGAACCUAACUACUCAGAAAAAUGCUCCUGCAUUAAGUUGCAUAUCAUGGACAGGGGUGGUUUGGGUUGUUUUAGGGGCUUGGGCUCUUAGGGGUUCCUCUCCUUAUGUAACUAUCUGUUUAGGAAGUUUCUUCUGAAAAGCAGCCACAUUUCUUGAUGAGUAAAAUUUGUCCAGAUUUUACUUACUUGAAUAAGGUAAGACAGAGACUUAUGUAUCGCAUAUGAACCAGUCAGAGGAAUGAUUUGCUGAAGCUACUGCUCAAUACAAAGAGAACCAGUGGUUGCUAAAUCAUCUAAUUUCUGCUCUGGCCAAAAAGAAAUUUUAAAAAAAGGAAAAAAAAAAAAAGUCUGUUUUGAGCUAUCAGUUUUGAAUACCUGAGUCAGAGAAGGUGGGCAUACAUGCUAGAAAAAUGCCUAUGCUUCAACUUAUGAUAGCAGCAAAAGCAGAACGAACUGUCUUUGUACUCAACACAGAGCUACAAGGUGCCCUGAUGCAGCCUGUUUCAUCUCUUCUGCCCAUUACUUGAAGCGGGUGGGGUGCAGGGUGAGGAGAGCCCUGUUUGCCUGGCAUAGUCCCUCCCCUGGCUGCUGCUUACCUCAGGCAUUUCCAGCUCUCCAGGACACUGCUCCACAAAUCCAGCACAGCCUGUCACCCUGAAGCCCACGAUGCAUCAAGGGCCUGCACCUGGGUGUCCAAACAGCUUCCUGAAGGCCGUGAGAAAGCUAGGACAUCCCAUCACUGAUCAGAAUAACUUGAAACAAAGGCAUCUACAGGUAACAGACAUUCCAAAAGAUGCUUAAUGUCAGACUCAAGAUGCUGCAUUUCUUGGGACGCCAGGAAGCCCAGAAAUUAGCUGUUUGUGAUAAAAAGGCGCUUUAUCUUUUGCAGCAACCUAAGUAUCAGGCUGUGCUCCUCCAGAUCUACUGUAGUGGAAGCAUGUCUUCAUGUAUAGCUGAACUAAAUGUUCCCAGCCUUGUCACCAAUUUUUAAGUGUCAGUCUUUUGAGCAAGUGUUGUACCCCUCCCUUCACAGACUCCUUAAGAACUCUGUCAGUGUCUGUCAGGCAGCAGAGCUUCCAGCAAGGGCUGCUUUCUUAUUUUACUGUUAUCUCAAUCAUUUUCAACGUGCUGUGUACCUGCUGAUGAGGGUUAUGGCACUGCAACACUUGUUUGGACAAUGAAUAUGGUAGUACAGUAACUCCUGAAGCUUUAAGAAUGGCUGUUCACACUUCAUUCAGCUGCUGGAGCCUCAGCCUGCACUUGCUGCUGUUCCAGUUUCCUGCUGAAGUUAGCAGACUUGACACUGCUAUUGACAAGUAGAAGCACCUCACUGCUACAGGCACCAGGUAAACUGCAAUGUCCUCUAACAGAAUACCAGUACAAUGUCCCUGUUCCCCAGAGCUCCCAACCUAAGAGAGACCCAGGUCUUCAGGUAAGUAAUGGGUUAAUAGCUUUGGUAAUGGAUAGAAAACUUCUGAGUGAUGCUAACACACUGAAGAUGCAGUGUUGAUCAUUCAUUUUGAUAGCUUCCCUCCCCUGCACUAUUGCCACAGCAGCAGAAACAAAACAACACAAUUCACUUCACAGCUAAGCCAGCAAGAAGGCCAUCAAAAAGGACAUGGCAGAAGCCAGAAUGCACCCCUGCAUUAUUCCUCUGAGUGUACACGGAGUGGGGUGGGGUACUGGAGCAUGGCCUCGCACACACUUGUGAAUAGCAGCAACCUGGCUUGCACUUGCCUUUAUCUUCAGUCACAGAGCUUCAGGCUCCCCAGAGGCCAAGUUGCACUCCCCCAGCCACAGCCAUGCUGCAGCUUGCCUUGCCUUGGGAUCGCCACCUUGCUCCACACUUCAUUUCUCACCAUGUCUCCCACGUUUCCUUAACAACGGCUGAAGGACUAAAAUCCCCCAGCUCUGGCAGUGCUGGUGGGAUUAAGAAAAACACAGGCUGCUUGUUCUUUUGGCAGAACACUCCUGUCAUCCUUCUCCCUGCAACUAUACCACUCUCCUUUGCACAUAGUGCACAAUUUGCUACCAAAGCAGCUCCCUGUUUUACAGCCUGUGCAAAUGAAAUACCUGUGAUACUGAACCCAGACUCGUGUACCUUUGUGCGUGACUGUUUACAGACUCAUUUGUGAGAUGGGAAAUAAAUGAGCUAUCAGCUUU